AUGGCAUACUCUCAACUUCAAAAGGUGGAAGCUAGCGUCCAUAUCAAGGCUUCUGCUGAACAUUUCUAUGAUGUUUUCUGCAACAGGCCACACCAUAUUGCCAACAUUUCACCUGAGACUAUAAAGUCUGUUAAAAUUCAUGAAGGUGAAUGGGGCACUGAGGGUUCCAUCAUCUCCUGGAAUUACAUAAAUGAUGGAAACAUUUGUGUGGCUAAGGAGGUGGUUGAAAGCAUAGACAGGGAAAAGAAUGAAGUACACUUCAAGGUUAUAGAGGGAGAUCUGCUGGGACAUUACAAGAGCUUCAAGACCAUUUUGCAAGUGACUCCAAAGGGAAAGGGGAGUGUGGUGAAGUGGGCAUUGGAAUAUGAGAAGAAAGAAAACCACACUCCUGAUCCUCAUGCCUUACUGCAAAUGGCAACUGAGAUGAGUCAGAAAAUUGAUUCUUACCUCACUCAGGGAAAAAACUAA